GAGCGUAGCGGAAGCACGGGGAGAGUUAGAGGAGACAUUGUGUAUGUAGUACUCAGCUUUGGUCUUGAAUGGUUUCCACACAAUCAGAAGACGCCACGCAGGCUCGUCAUCUUCAUCCAACAAUUACUCCACACUUUUUUUUCCAGCUCGGCUGUGUCUCCUUUUAUCGCCUCUUCACUUUUUUGUUCCAUUGUUGGGACUUCUUGAGUCACUCGCUCCAAUCUCUUUUAGCAAAAAUUGCACUUAAAAGAAGAAACAAUCAGAAUAUUUCAGAUUUUGAAUCAGUAUCCGAUUAUUGGACAAUUUUAGCUAAUUUAGAAGAAGAAGAUGUAGCUUGGAUUCACAAACAAGUCAAAUGCAAGAUAUUUUUAUGCUUUGAUGAAUAAAUACAUGAAUCGGACUGCCAAGGUUGAGGAUUACCGUAUUUUCUGGACUUUAAGUCGGGUAAUUUAUUUUCCAAACUACUUGACCAAAACAGAGAUUAUGUCCUCUUGGAAGGCAAGUUCUACCAAUAAAAGAAUAGAUAAGAUGUGAGAUAGAUAUUCUAACACAAUGGUUAUUCAGCUACACAAAAAAUAAACAUGAACAGAAAAGGUGUCCAGUGUUUAUGUAACAUAAACACUUUUUUCAUUUAUAAGUCGCUCUGGAGUAUAAGUCACAGGAACAGCCAACCUAUGGAAAAAAGACUUAUAGUCCGGAAAAUACGGUAUAUACCAAAACUCACUGAGCUGAUCAGACCAUCACCUCACCAGGGACGCAACCAAAAGGUAUCCAGACUAGAUUCCUGUGGCACCCCAACUGGCUCCUCCCAGAUAACCAAGCUCAUCACCCCUACAUUUUAGUGUAAGUUCAGCCCCCCUGCGGAGGAAAGGAACGUCCAACUCUUCUAUAUUUGCCCUUUAUAAAUCUCAGGAUCAUAGGUCAUAGGUCACUGUAGGAACAAUCAAUCGGUGAAUCGAGAUCAAAUCGUUGACUUCUGGCUCAGCUCUCUCCACCUUGACGAUCGGGUAGAGUGCCAACAUUACUGCAGACCGAUUUGCCUGUCGACUUCACUCUCCAGCCUUCCCUCACGUGUGAACAAGAGAUACUUCAUUCCCAACCCGAAGGGCUGGAAUGCACCCUUUUUCCGGCUGAGAACCAUGGCAGCGGGUUUGGAAAUGCUGAGUCUCAUCCCAGAAGGUCACAUCUCGAUGAGCCCAUCAGGACCUCACCAUCUGUAAACAGCAGAGCUGAGAUACGUAUAGAAAUUCUGUCCAUGAAAAUGAUGACCAGAAUGGGUGACAAAGGGCAGACAAUGUUCACCAUGCGAAACAGCCCCCUCCCCCCUUAAGUAUUUUAUCCAUUUUCUAUGCUGCUUAUUCUUACUCGGGUUGCGGGUAUGCUGCUACAUGCUAACCAUGUGACCUCUGCGCAGUCCUUUUUUAUUUCAUUCAUUCAUUCAUUUUCUACCGCUUUUCCUCACAAGGGUCGCGGGGGUGCUGGAGCCUAUCCCAGCUGUCUUCGGGCGAGAGGCGGGGUACACCCUGGACUGGUGGCCAGCCAAUCACAGGGCACAUAUAGACAAACAACCAUUCACACUCACAUUCAUACCUAUGGACAAUUAGGAGUGGCCAAUUAACCUAGCAUGUUUUUGGAAUGUGGGAGGAAAGCGGAGUACCCGGAGAAAACCCACGCAUGCACGGGAAGAAACAUGCAAACUCCACACAGAGAUGGCCGAGUGAAUGGAAGUUUUAGUGGUCAAAUAUGGUAGAAACAGGCUGGGAAGAUAACGUUUGACCACUAGGUGGAACUGUUUUCUCUGAAAACAUUCAUUUUCUACCGCUUAUCCUCACGCGGAUCGUGGGGGGUGCUGGAGCCUAUCCCAGCUGUCUUCCAGCGAGAGGCGGGGUACACACUGAACUGGACUGCGGGGACUGUAUUAGUUAUUAGCCAAUUAACCUAGCAUGUUUUUGGAAUGUGGGAGGAAACCGGAGUACCCGGAGAAAACCCACGCAUGCACGGGGAGAACAUGCAAACUCCACACAGAGAUGGCCGAGGGUGGAAUUGAACCCUGGUUUCCUAGCUGUGAGGUCUGUGCGCUAACCACUCGACCACCGUGCCGCCCUACUUUUUUAUUUCACUUUCUAAAAAAAAUAUGAUUUGGAAGCAAUGGAAAAAGUUAGUCACUGAUGACAGAACGAUACUCGGGUUGAAGAUUUGUUCGACGUUUUAUGACAACUCCAGUCAGUAUAGUCCCACACGGCACCGAAACGUGGGAAAAUAACCCACGACUCAUCAAAAGUGACCAUAAAGCCGUCAACGCAAAGGAGACGACGUGUGAAAAGGAACAUCAGCGUGCAUGCUGAUGUGUGUGUGUGUAUGUGGGGGGUGUGGGGAUGAAGCGCAUGGCGCAACAGAGCUGCAGAAUCCCGAAUCCAUCCGGAUGGAGAAUCCACAUCCUGGUUUUGCGGUGAUGUGUGGGAGCCUGUGGAAGAAGCGGCUCGCACUGCUGCAGUGGAGGAGUAAAUGCGGAGCCCAACAGUGCUCCAGGUGAUCCACAGCAGCCCAGCCCGGCACACUGCUGCCUCCUCAGCCUUCCCUCUCCUCCUCCUCCUCUUCCUUCUCCUCUUCCUCCUCCUCCUCCUCCUCCUUUUCCUUCAUCUGUCUACGCUUCAUUUCUCUGAGGGCUUUUGCAAAAAGAACAGAAAAACAGGAGAGCCCCUGCUUUUCCCCCCCCCUCCUUCUAAUGUUCUCUGAUGUGAAGCACCUCUUCUCGUCGGCUGGCCACGGCGUCCCAGUCAUCGUGUGAUGACACACAGCAUAUGUGCUCCGAUGUCUCCGCAACAUAGGCUCGCUGCACGAAAAUGUGUUCCAGAUGUGUGGCGAACAGGAAGUGACAUCCGGGGGUUCAAAGUUCAGCUGGGAUAGGCUCCAGCACCCCCGCGAGGAUAAGCGACCAGAAGUUUACACCUUGGUCCCGGUCUCGAAAGUUCAAUGAAGGCAGACACCUUCCUCCGGCCAGGAACAUGAAGGGCUUAUCGGGCAGCCGCUCCCAACACCAAAUCCCUUUACCCCAUGGCCUCGACUAUGACCCCCACGUGCAUGACCUCCACGGGCGCCAUGGCUCAGAGUCCCGCCACUCCUCCUAUCUGCUCAGCCCGACAGAGAGCUGCCCAAUGGACUUCCAACAUCGCUACUCACCGCGCAGUUCCAUCCAUUCCGACUGCAUGAUGAUGGCGCCGGUUAUGAUGCCUCCCGUGCCCUCGUCUGACCACAUCUCCAGCAGCACCUUCCCCAGAAUGCACUACAGCUCUCAAUAUUACGACUCGGCCACACGGGACGACUGCGUCGCCAUCACAGCCUCCGCCACGUCGCCGGCGGUCGCCGCUGCUGCAGCCGCGGCCGCCGCCUCCUCGCACCAUGCCGGCACCAAGAGCAAUCGCCUCCCUGCCAACCUGUUGGACCAGUUUGAGAAACAAAUGCCCCUCCACCGGGACGGCUUCCACACAUUACAAUACCAGCGCACAUCCACCACCGCUGAGCAACGCAGCGAGAGUCCAGGCCGCAUUAGACACCUCGUUCAUUCUGUCCAGAAGCUCUUCACAAAAUCCCACUCCCUGGAGGGAUCGUCCAAGAUGAACGGCACAAAAGGCGACAUCGGAGGAGGUGGAGGAGCAGGGAGUUACUAUCAUCAUGGCCAUCAGUCGAACAAACACGGUAGCAAGAGGAGCAAAAGCAAAGAACGGAAGCACCGCUCCGGCGGUUGGUGGAGCUCCGACGACAACCUGGAUAGCGACAGCACCUACCGCACUCCCAGCGUCAUGUCACGGCACCACGGAGAACACGUCACUCACUGCUACCCGGAUUCCAUACAUGGGCACCACUUUGGAGACCUGUCACUCAAGACCUCCAAGAGUAACAACGAUGUUAAGUGCUCAGCGUGCGACAGCAUGGCCAUGGCGCCCGAAGGCAAAUUCAUGAAGAGGAGCUCCUGGUCUACUCUGACGGUUAGCCAAGCUAAGGAGGCCUACAGAAAGUCAUCGCUCAACUUGGAGAAAACCAUGAUGCACCCAGACCUCAAGCCUUCACGAACCUGCCAUUAUCUGCAGGUACCUCAAGACGAAUGGGGUGGAUACCCCGGUGAGAAGGACGAGGAGAUCCCAUGUCGGCGGAUGAGGAGCAGUAGCUAUGUCAAGGCUAUGGGAGAGGUGGAUGACGAUAGUGGCGAUUCGGAGUGCAGCCCCAAAACCUCCCCGCAAAAAGGAAUUAGGCCGGAUGCUCUCAUCCUCAAGUCGGCCAUGCAGAGACCCCAUUUCGACUCACAAAGCCCGGGCUACCGUUUGCAAACCUUGAGAGAUAUGCGAGCCCACCCGAGUGUUACGCUGGCCCCCUCCACCACCUUUCAUCAUCCGCCGCCCUUUCGUUCUCGCAACCAGAGCUACAUGCGCGCUGUCAGCACCCUCAGUCAGGCUAGCUGCGUCAGCCAGGUGAGUGAGACUGAGAUCAAUGGCCAGUUUGAGUCAGUUUGCGAGUCCGUUUUUAGUGAAGUAGAAUCCCAGGCUAUGGAGGCCUUGGACCUGCCGGGUUCGUUCCGCACUCGAAGCCACAGUUACCUCCGUGCAAUACAGGCUGGUUAUUCCCAAGAUGACGACUGCUUGCCUUCAAUGACAUCCUCCACUGUCACUUCAACUCUCAGAUCCACAACAGGCGCCCGUAGCUUAGCUGGGGGGCGUAGAGAGUACGGUAGGUCCGGGAUUCAGUUUCGCCUCCCUACUUCCUGCAGUGUGGACCGUGUUCAACCACCACCAGCGGUCUCAUAUCCUCCUAGUUACAAGAAGACUCCCCCUCCUCCCGUGCCCCCGCGUGCCACCACCAAGCCUCUUAUCUCUGUGACAGCCCAGAGCAGCACCGAGUCUACCCAAGAUGCCUACCAGGAGGGAAGGCAACCGCGAGGCGGUCUGUGGGCCACCGACAGCCUCGGACGUCCCAUCUACAGUUCCACAGACAGCUUGGAUAGCUCCAAGGCGGUCACCAUGGCCAUAGAGUCCGCGGCGGCCAAGAGGCACGCGUCUUUGGGCAGCCACACCUCCAUCCAGACGUGCGACAAGGCAGUGUUGGUAUCCAAGGCGGAGGAGUACCUCAAAACCCCUCGAUCCUCUAUCGGGAUACAGGUGGAAACUGUGACAGACUCCGAAACUGAAAGUAAAGGCCUUCCUCAAUUUCACUCCAUAGGUAUCCAGGUGGAGGAUCACAAACGGCGAGGGCGGAUCAAGCGCUCCAACAGUGUUACUACGGCAGUGCAAGCCGACAUGGAGCUGGAGGGCUUCCCCUCCAUGGAAGACAAGGGUCUGCAGUUUGGCGGGGCUUUCGGUCGCCACUCCGAACCCAGCACCCCCACGCAGUACGGGGCUAUUCGCACGGUGCGCACGCAGGGCCUGUUUAGCUACAGGGAGGACUACCGGGCCUCCAGCGGGCCCCCCAGCCCGCAGCCUGAACCAUGGCUGACUGAACCCAGCCUGGAGGCCACAGAGACGGGCCGAGUGUCUCCUCUACGCAGGGAUGGCGGCUGGUUCAUGCAGCUUCUUCACAAUGAAACCAAAAGGUUGGAGGGAUGGUGCAAAGAGAUGGAGAGGGAAGCAGAAGAGCAUGACCUGUCAGAAGAGAUUCUCGGGAAAAUCCGGAGUGCCGUGGGGAGCGCUCAGCUGCUAAUGUCCCAAAAGUUUCAGCAAUUUUACUGGCUGUGUCAGCAAAAUCUGGACCCCAGCGCCAUGCCCAGACCCACUUCUCAGGACCUGGCUGGAUUCUGGGACCUCUUGCAGCUUUCCAUUGAUGACGUCACUGCCAAGUUUGAUGAGCUGCAGCAGAUCAAGAACAACCAGUGGCAGACGGUGGAGAGUCCGGAGAAGAAGGAGCGAAAGUGGAUUCCCGCCCUUACCAAGAGGCCUGUCAGGGGGCGUGGCGGCGUGAUGCGUGAACGAUCCCUGGACCUCCAGGACCGUCAGCGGCAGGAAGCCCGCAGACGGCUCAUGGCAGCCAAACGAGCAGCGUCGUUCAGACAGAACUCAGCCACUGAGCGGGCCGACAGCAUCGAGAUCUACAUCCCGGAAGCUCAGACCAGGCUUUGAGGUCCACGGAUUCAUGCUUGAUCUUCUGUUUGUUUGCCGGUUCACAGCAGCCAUUUCUCAUAUUUCAUGAUGUUGUAUGUUACACAACAUUUCAUCCAUGGGAGAGAGGGGAAGGGCUUGCUGGAAGAUUUAUGCAACCAGUUACCCCUUCAGUUGAAGAAAUACCCUUAACCACAGAAAUAUACUGUGUGGUAGCCAAGUUCAAAUUCCCAAAAUAUUUUUUUUUUAGGAAAAUAAAAGUCAUUAUCAUUUCAACCUUCCUCCGUUUUAAAGUCCCAUUUCAACUUCACAUACAAACUGUAUUUUUCGCUGCUGGAUGUGUUCCCAUUGCAAAACUUAAUGUUUGGAUGAUGAACUAAAAAGGUUUGAGGGUAAACAAACAACAACAAAAAAAAGUAUUUUGCGCCUUAUGAUAUUCAUGUUUGUAUUUCCAAGGGAAAUGUAGUUUAUGAAGCUCAUGUGAUAAUGUUGCAGUUGAACUGCAAAGGACACUUUUUUUUUCUUCUUCUUCUUCAUGUCAUUCAGUCUAAUUCAUUUUGCCCCUAAGGCCUCUCAUAGUUGAAAUAAUGUGAUGAAUCUGGCUGAGUUACAUUAGAAUCUACACUUAGUAUGAUGCAUCGGUUGGUUGGUUUGAGGAUGCUUCUAUGCUGCAAUGUUUAGCUCGGGUUGAACAACAGGAAAAGGUCACCUAGUGGUGGAAAAAAAAAACACGGCGCAAAUGACACGAACACUGGUCAGUUACUGUAGUAAAUGGUGCUGCUUUUUACUCUCCAACUGUUGUCCUUAAACCAGGCCUAUGUGCACGCACACACACACACACACACACACACACAUAUACACACACCCUCAAGGACUUUUUAAACAGAGAUUUAUCAACAUGGUGCCCCAUUCGUUGUCUCCGCGCCAAUGUGUGCCGGAUUGUGACUUUAGAAAGGAUCAUCUUUGCAAUGCACUCGGCCCUCGCUCAUUUGUUGACUUUUGGCAUAGCAGCUUUUUCCAAUCGCGUGCGUGAUACGCUGGAGAGUUGCGUCCGUGUUGUUGCUGUGGCGACUGCAGUUCGCCGUAGGCACACCAGCCAGGAACAUGUGGCUACAGUGGCUAAAGUGAAUAGCACCACAAAUUUAGGGCUAAGCCUGCAAGGAAAAUCAAAACAGGUAUUCCUUAAUGUUUCUUUAGUUGUAGAGGUGUCUUUUUUUUUUUCAAAAUAGUUUUUUUUUUUGACAAUCCUUUGACAAAAAUUAUGAUUCAUGUUUUUUAUAUAUUUUUUUAAAAUGGGUAAAAAUGCUGAAAUUAUUUUAAAAGUAUAUGAAAUAUACUAUAUAUAAAAUAUUAAAAACUUACCUACAUAAAAUGAAUGGAUAAAUGAAGAACCCGUAUGUUAAAAAACAAAACAGCGUCACGAUCAUUGGGAGGCUACACUCACUUGUUAUAAGGAGGCUGUAUUAUGUUGCCAUGGCAACCAGAGAUCACCAACUUUAGUGGUGCCUAUAUUAUCGGACCAGCCAGGACAAAUCGUGUUUUGUGUUGGCACUAGCUAGCGUACAUUUACCACUGUAUAUUUAACACUGCUCAUUCCUAUGAUUCAAAUCUUGGCGGGAGCCCAGCAGCAAAACCACAGCAAUCAUCCCUUAGUGUUGCUUUAACGUAAUUUAAACUGAUUUAAACUUUUUCCUGAUAGGACAAAAAUUAGUGGUAUUUUGGGAACUUGCAGAUCACCUUCUUUAGUGCCAGGACAAGUGGACUCCAUCCCGGUGGUGUUUGAUUGGCAGGAGGCAUCCAAGCUUGCUUUGUGAACGGAGAUGUUCCCUUUGGCCUUAAAUGCAACACAAGCAUUGAGAAAAUGAGACUCUUAGUAAACUGAAGCAUUUUUUUAAAGAUUAAUUGUAAUCCCAUUUAGGACUUUAGGACCACUAAUUUUUCUUUCAUUCACAUAAAUUCGGACGGUGUCUUGUGGGAUACGUCGUGGUUAUCUACCAUCAUGAAUUACCUGUAGCUCUUGUUUUGGAAGUUAAGCCUUACGUUAGAUAAGUGGGCGAUUUAGAUUUACGUCUUUUAAGGGGAUUAAAUCAUCCUGGCUAGAAAUAAAAUAGUGUGUUUUUCAUUCGGAUUCUCGGGUUCCAGUCAAGUCGGACGUUAGUUUCCGGUCCCAAUUAUGUUGUGUUUAAAAUGACUUGCUAGGUGUCCCAUAUAAGGGUAGAUUUUAAAUGCAGAUGGCGCAUUUAUGCUUUGUUUUUUACAAUGACAUUACAUACAAUUAGGAUGUUAAUAAAAGGUAUUUAUUUUUCUCAUUUAUGCUAUUUAACUUUAAGAUGAAAAGCAGACUGGCUAAAUAAUGUCUUAACAUGUUUCCAUUUCUCCUUUUUUGCAUUAUGCAUGUUUAGUGGAGGACAUAUCUCUAAGUCGGUGCUCAUGGUGAGGUAUUGGGGGGGGGGCGUUAGAGGCAGGGUGGACUAUUUUGUCUUUAUUUAUGUUUGAAUAGUGCUGGUACCAGCAACCCAUGCAGUGGUAUGUGUA